AUGUUGAAAAGACCCGUUAUGUCCUCAACUCGUUUGGGAUCCCUCAAUAACAAUACACACCAAUAUAGAAAAAGGCGUGAAUUGACAGAGGACCAAAAAUCUGAAAUGAAAGAGGCUUUUGAGCUGUUUGAUACCACAGGAUCAGGCCGUAUAGACGCCAAAGAGUUGAAAGUUGUUAUGAAGGCUCUGGGAUUUGAUCCUUCCAAAGAGGAUCUCCGCGCUAUAAUGAAUUUGGCCGACAAAGAUGGUUCCGGAACUAUUUCAUACGAUGACUAUUUUUCAAUUAUGACCAAUAAAAUUCUGGAAAGGGACCCUAUGGAGGAAAUGUCGAGAGCAUUUCAACUAUUCUCAGAUCCAAACACCGGAACUAUUAGUUUUAAAAGUCUGAAACGGGUAGCCGAAGAGCUUGGCGAAACGGUAACAGACGAAGAAAUCAAACAGAUGAUUCUGGAAGCGGACAGAGAUGGAGACGGAGAAAUUAACGAAUCAGAGUUUAUAAAGGUCAUGAAAAAGUCAAACUUAUUUUGA